AUGCCACUUGAUGUUGCUAAUGCCAAGGCUGAUGGGGCUGCUGUUGCUGCUGGUGAUGGUGGUGCUGCUGCGGAUGCUGGUGCUGCUGGUGUGGUGAGGGAGGGAGGGGUAGAUGCUGGAGGUGACCAAGAGGGGCAAGGUGGGGGACUGGGAGAGAGGAACGAAAGAGAGAAGGGGGUAGCAGAGGAGGGAGAGGGAGCCGAGGGGUCUGAUAAGGGAGCGAACACCUCUGCUGCCCCCUCUUCAGCAGCAGGAACAGCAGCAGGGGGCAGUCUGAGUGGCCCGAAACGACCCUUCUCUCUCUUCUCCUCUCCUCCCGGGGUCCUAAGCACCACCAGCACCACUUCUGAAACCCAGUGGGUGCUGCCUCAGAUUGCGUUAGCGCACAUGCAUGGGAAGGGAAAGGGGCCGAGAGACACGUACCAAUGGACCCAGUGCGUUCCUCCUCUCCCUCUUGAUCAACUCCGCUCCCACGGCUGCCCUCUCCCCACCGCUUUCACCAAGGUACGCCCUUUAAGGUCUCAGUGGGCUCUGCUGCCUCAGAGUGCGUUGGUCCACGUGCAUGGGAAAGGAAAGGGGUCGAGAGACACGUACCGGUGGACCCAGUGCGUUCCGCCCCUCCCUCUUGACCAGCUUCGCUCCCACGGCUGCCCUCUCCCUGCCGCCUUCACCAAGCCCUUAGAGUCCCAGCUUGUUGUGCCUCAAUCAAAGUGCGUCGGCCCAAGUGCAUGGGAAGGGCAAGGGGCCGAGAGACACGUAUCGCUGGACCCAGUGUGUUCCUCCUCUCCCUCUCGACCAACUCCGUUCCCACGGCUGCCCUCACCCUGCUGCCUUCACCAAGGCGCCUCAAAGGGCAUCUGGGGGCUGCGUGGCCUCUCAUCUGCCCUGGUUCUUGCUCUUCCCACAUUCCUUCUCCUGUUUCAGAUCCUCGAAAGUGGUCUGGCGCGGGACGAGGUGCAGUGGGCAUCUAGAGGGAUCCUUGAGUCUAGCCUGGCAUGGGACGAGGUGCACUGGGCGCCAGGGGGAGUGUGGGUGCUCCUGAUCCUCGAGUCCAGCCUAGCAUGGGACGAGGUGCAGUGGGCGCCAGGGGGGGUGUGGGUGAGGGGGCUGCACUACCCCGUCGUUAGGGCCCACUUCAUGCCCCGCAAAUCAUUCUCCUCGCAUUAG